AUGAUGGGUGGGCGCGUGGCCGAGGAGUUGUUUCUGGAACACAUGACCACCGGCGCGGGCAACGACAUCGAGCAAGCGACGGAAAUGGCCCGCCGCAUGGUGUGCGACUUUGGGAUGUCCCAACUGGGCCCCUUGACCUUCGGCAAGCGGGAAGAGCAGAUUUUUCUGGGAAGGGAAAUCGCCCAGCACCGCGACUACAGCGAAGAUACGGCGAUCAAGAUUGACCAUGAGAUCAAGCGGUUCGUAAACGAGGGGUACCAGCACGCUCGAAAGAUCCUGGAGGAAAACCGCGACACCCUGAUUCGCAUCGCGGAGGCCUUGCUGGAGCGAGAAGUUCUGGACGCCAACGAGGUGCGAAUGGUCAUCCAGAACCUCCCGCUGGAGGAGAAGGUGGACUCGCUCUCCCGGGAAGACCCCGGCCCUCCCCAGCCGGAAAACCCCAGGGAAAAGCAAUCCGUCUCCCCGCCUGUUGCACCCUUGGUCGACAAGCAGCGAGAAAAGCCGGCGCCCGCCUAG